GGAGGGGGGUGUAUGCCAAGGGGUCACCCCCCAUGAGUGAGGCGGAGGCUGCGGUUGAGGGGUGGCGGGGGCCAUGUCCUCGCUGCUGUCCCUCCAGGAGGAGAACCGCAUCCUGCAGCAGGAGCUGUCGCGUGUCGAGGACUUGCUGGCUCAGAGCCGGGCUGAACGCGAUGAGUUGGCCAUCAAGUACAAUGCCAUCAGCGAGCGGCUGGAGCAAAGCCUGCGGCUGGAGACGGGCGAGCGGGAAGCAGCAGAGAGCCGGAGCCUGGCGCAGCACAACAUCGAGCUGCGGCGGCUGCUGGAGGAGGAGCAGGCUGCCUACAAACGCAAGCUGCAGGCUUACCAGGAGGGCCAGCAGCGACAAGCCCAGCUGGUGCAGAAGCUCCAAGCCAAGGUGUUGCAGUAUAAGAAGAAAUGUGGCGAAGUGGAGCAGCAGCUGCUGGAGAAGUCAACGGAGCUGGAGCAGGAGAGGCUGACGAAUCAGCUGGAUGCGAGCAGCUCGCAACUGGAGGAGGAGAGCAGCAACGAGCUGGAGAACGCCCUGAUCCGGCUGGAAGAGGAGCAACAGAGGAGCAGCAGCCUGGUGCAGGUGAACUCGAUGCUGCGGGAGCAGCUGGAACAAGCCAACGUGGCCAACGCGGCGCUGAGCGAGGACAUCCGCAAGCUGACGGCCGACUGGGCACGGGCACGGGACGAGCUGGAGCAGCGGGAGCUGGAGUGGAGGCGUGAGGAGGAGUCCUUCAACACCUACUUCAGCAACGAGCACAGCCGCCUCCUGACCCUCUGGAGGCAAGUGGUGGCCUUCAGGCGUCACUUCGGAGAGAUGAAAGCCACCACCGAGAGGGACCUGUCGGAGCUGAGCCACGAGGCCUCUCGGGCGAGCAGGGCAGCCCACGCCGCGUGCCUGCACCUGGCUGCCAACCUGCGGCUGGCCGAGAGCCAGGCGGGCGCUGCGCGGGAGCGGCAGGCGCUGCGGCAGGCGCAGCUCGAGGAGCAGCUGGCGGCCAGGGCGCGCGAUGCCGACCUGGAGAAGGCUGCCCUGGGAGCCAGGUUGGCGGAGCUGGCGGCUGCCCUGGAGCGGCUGCGGGCUGAGGAUGGGGAGAAGGAGAGAGCGGUGGAGGAGCUCACCCUGCAGCUGAGAGACCUGGAGGCUUCGCGCGCCCGGGAGCCGGCGCCGGAGGAGGUGGGAGCGUUGCGCUCCGAGGUGGAGCUGCUCCGGCAGGUGCUGCAGGACGUCACCCAGGCGGUGCUGGCAGAUGCCCCGGAGCAGCCGCUGCCUACAGAGCCCUCUCCUGCCGCUGCCGCCGCUGCCGUACGCGCUGCCCUGCGCCGCCAACACCUCCAGCUGCAGGAGGCUCGGGGCCAGGCAGACGCCAGCCGGGAGGUGGCUGGGAGCCUGCGGCGGGAGCUGGACGACAGCGAGAGGCGGUUGGAGACCCUGGAGAGGCGGCUGGAGGAGCUCAGCACCGAGGCUGGGGGCUGCAGGCGGGCACAGGAUGAGGCCCUGCGUGAGGUGGCCCAGCUGCGAGCUGAGGCCGAGGCCCUGCGCAGGGAGCGGCUGCAAGUGGAGGAGGCUCUGUCAGAGGAGCAGCAGCGGGCGAGUGCCCUGCAGCAGGAGCGGGCGCAGCUGCAGCGCCGCAGCGAGGGGCUGGAGGACGCCCGUGCCGAGGCUGCCCGCGCCGCCGAGGCCGCCCGCACGCAGCUGGAGCACAGCCAGCAGCAGCUGGAGGAGCUGGAGGCGCAGCGUGCCGGGGCGCAGCGGGAGCUGCUGGAGGCGCGGGAGGCUCUGAGCCGUGUGGCGCUGGAGGCUGAGGUGGCUCGGGGCGAGCGGGAGGCGCUGGCUGAGGCUCUGGGCAAGGCGCAGGGCAGCUGCGGGGAGCUGGCAGCGGCGCAGCGGGCGGCACAGGCAGAGGAGGCCCGGCUGCGGGACGCACUGGCCAAGACCAGCGAGCUGGCAGCCGGGCUGGCGCGGGAGAAGGCGGAGCUGAGCCGGACGCUGUCCCGGCUGGAAGAGGAGCGAGAGGGCGGGCGGCUGCGGGCGCGGGAGCUGUGCCGGGAGCUGGCGCUGCUGCGCGGGCAGCUGGAGCGCGGGCACCGGGCCGGGGCGGCCGAGCGGCGCGGGCUGGAGCGGGCGCGCAGGGCGGCGGAGGAGGGAUGCCGCGGGCUGCGGGCUGAGCUGCGCCAGCUGCGGGGCCAGCACCAGCGCCUGCGCCAGCACCUGGCACAGGCGGUGCAGGAGCAGAGUGCUGCGGGCGAGGCGCUGGCGCAGGCGCGGGGCGAGCAGGAGCGGCUGCGGGCCGAGCUGCUGCGGCUCAGCCGGGCCCGCGAGGGACUGGCCAAGGAGGGGGCCAGCCUGGCCGUGCAGCUCGCCAGCGCCCAGCGCCAGGGCCAGGACCGGGCCCAGGAGGCGGCCGGGCUCAGGACGGAGAAGGAGGGGCUGGAGAGCAGCAUCUUCCAGCUGCAGCAGCGCCUGGCCCAGCUCGACAGCCACAGCCAGCAGCUGGAGGCCGAGGGCCGGGCCCUGCGCCAGGCCAAGGAGACAUUGGAGACGGAGCUGGCUGCGGCGCGGCAGGAGCGGGAGCGGGAGCUGCAGUGCCGGCGGGAGGCGGCGGCGGAGGCGGCGGCUGUGGCCAUGGCCCUGGAGAGCGCCCGCGCCACACACCGCGAUGAGCUCGACCGCCUGCAGCAGCAGAAGGAGGAGCUGGAGGCCGAGCGGGACCGGCUGGCGCGGCAGCAGCAGGAGCUGGCGGCUGAACUCGCGGCAACGCGGCGGCAGCGCGAGAGCGAGAAGCAGCAGGUGCUGGCGCUGCGGGAGGAGGAGCGGGUGGCACUGGCAGAGACGCUGCAGGGGCUGCAGCAGAGCCUGGACCAGGCCACGGCUGAGCUCGAGCAGCAGCGACGUGAGGUCACUGGUCACCAGGAGAAGGAGCAGAGCCUGGCAGCAGAGCUGAGCAGCCUGCGGGCACAGGCAGAGGAGACAACGGCAACCCACGAGCGGGAGACGAAGAGCCUCCGUGACCAAGCGACGGUGGCGGCCAAGCAGCGGGACGGUGCCUUGCGGGAGGCGGAGGAGGCGCGGGCGCAGCUGCGGCUGGCGGCAGAGGCGCGGGCAGCGGCGCGGCGGGAGCUGCAGGAGGCACAGCGCCAAGCCCGCGAGUGCCAGGAGGGCCGGGACGAGGAGCGGAGGCGGGCGCAGGAGGCGCGGCGGGCUCUGGGCGACCAUGCCAGGGAGAAGGACACCCUGCGCCGCUCCAACGAGGAGCUGCGGGCGACGCUGCGGCGCGUCGAGGGCGAGCGCAUCAGCCUGAAGCGUGCUAGUGAGGAGAAGGAGCAGCAGCUGGCACUGGUGGAGCACGGGCGGGCAGCAGCAGAGCAGGAGGUGCGGGAGCUGCGGGCAGCCCUGCGGGAGCUGGAGCGUGCCCGCCUCGACGCCCGCCGCGAGCUGCAGGACCUGCGCCGGCAGGUGAAGGACCUGGACAGCGAGAACAGCAAGAGGAGCAAGGAAGUGGGUGAGCUGCAGGCGCGCGUGGCCCUGGAGGAGCAGCGGGAGGAGGAGAGUCGCCGUGAAGCCUUUGGCCUCAGGCAGAAGGUGGCAGAGAGUGAGGCUGGCACGGAGGCUGCUAGGAAGGAGCUGCAGCAGCUGCAGCGGCGGCUGUCGGAGGCGGAGGGUGAGUUCCGGCAGCGGGAGAAGGACCUGGCCCGCAGCUUGGAGGAGGCUCGUGGCAACGAGAAGAAGCUGCUGGCCGACGCCCGCAACCUGCAGCUGAAGGUGGAGGCGGCGCGGGGCGAAGCGGCCGAGCUGAGCCUGCGGCUGAGCGCGGCCGAGGGUCGGGCUCAGGGGCUGGAGGCUGAGCUGGUGCGCGGGGAAGCUCUGCGCCGCGCCGCCGAGACGCGCCUGGGCGGCAUCCAGUCUGCCCUGCGCCGCACCGUGGGCAUCGCCCGCGCCCGGCACGGCUCCCCGGCCAAGGGUGGGGGACCAGAGGGCUCAGGGAACCCCGACUCCUCCCCAGACCCCAAUGCAGCGACUGAGCCCGAGGCGGUGCGGGCAGCCCUGCGGGAUUUCCUGCGCGAGCUGCAGGAUGCACAGCGGGAGCGGGAGGAGCUGCGGGUGCAGGUGAGCACCCUGAGCCAGCAGCUGGCUGAGGCAGAGGAGGAACGGGACAACGCCAGCUCCCGGGCACAGCAGCUGCAGAAGCUGGUGGCUGAGAGUCAGGAAGGGCGUCGCAGCGGGGAGCUGAGCAGUGCCCAGGCCACGCUGCUGCUGCAGGAGGAGACGCUGCGGCGGGGCGAGAGGGAGCGGCGGGCGCUGAGGGACAAGGUGGCGGCGCUGGAACGGAGCCUGAACGCUGCCGAGGGCGAGCGGAGGGCUGCCCAGGAGCGGCUGAGCGCGGUGCGUGCUGCCGAGGCCGAGCUGGAGGAUGCCAGGCGGCGGCUGGAAGCGGCAGAGAGCAGGAGCAGCCGCCUGGAGCUGCAGCAGCGGGUGCUGCAGGGAGAGCUGCAGCGGGCACGGCUGGCCCUGGGCGAGCGGCAGGCGGGGGCACGGGCAACGCGGGAGCGAGCGGAGCGGCUCCAGAAACAGGAGGGGCUGGAGGUGGCGCAGCGGGCGCUGGAGGAGGCGCGGGAGGAGAAGGGAGCGCUGCGGGAGCAGCUGCGGGGGCUGCGGGAGGAGCAGGACGCCCUGAGGCACAGCAAACUGCAGCUGCAGCUGCAGCUCCGGCAGCAGCAGGAGCCCCCCACUGUGCCCAUGGAGGGGGUGCCAUGGGUGCCCCCCACCCUGGCACAGGCGCUGCAGGAGCGGGUGUGUGGGCUGCAGCACACCCUGAGCCUCACCCAAGGCGAGAGGCGGGAAGCCCUGCGCCUCGACAAGGACAAAGGGACCCUGAAGAAGACCCUGGAUAAGACCCAGAUCUCAGCGCUGGAACCCUCGUCCCCUCUGAGCCACAGCCGCAGCCUGGAGGAGCAGAUCUCACUGCUGAAGGGGCAGGAGCUGCACCAUCACCCCACCAGCCUUUAGGCCCCAACUGCAGCAGCAACCAGCACAGCUCAGCUACCCCUCCAUCAACAAACCCCAUCACCCCAGCAAGCUGGGGCUCCACAUUCCUUCUUCUCAAGCCAAAAGCUGCACUUUACCAACGAGACAACAACACUCAUGUGGUUUUGAUACAGGUUGGGUGGUUUUUUCCCUUUUUCUAUCACAGUUUGUAACAAAGAACUUACCAAUGCUCCUUUUUCUAGGCACCUGGUUUAUUCCUCCCUGACACACGAUGCCCCUUCAGCCCUCACAACCCCAGCACUCACCACAGCCUAAUUUUCCCCCCUUUUUUGGCUUUUUUGCUAACCAAAAGCUCCUCUGGGUUGGUGAGGGUGGGUUUGGGUUUCACUGGGUGGGUUUUUAGCAAGCUGUGGGAUUUUUCUAUCUCUAUUUUUGAAGUUGUAGGUUUUUACUGGUGGGAACUGAGGGGAGUCCCUGACCUGCUAUUAAAUGGGAAUAAAACCAA